GCUGGAAGGGCGCCGCCGGCGUCACGGCGUGACGUCGGCGGCGCCCAUGGCAGAGGACGGGUCGGAGGGGGGCGAUGGCCUCGUCGGUGGUGAGGGCCACGGUGCGCGCCGUCAGCAAGCGGAAGAUCCAGGCUACGCGCGCCGCCCUCACCCUGACGCCAUCAGCUGUUCAGAAGAUAAAACAGCUUCUUAAGGAUAAACCUGAGCAUGUAGGCGUUAAAGUAGGCGUUCGUACAAGAGGAUGCAAUGGACUUUCUUACACGUUAGAGUAUACGAAAUCGAAAGGAGAUUCUGAUGAAGAAGUAGUUCAAGAUGGGGUUAGAGUGUUUAUUGAGAAGAAGGCACAGCUGACACUUCUAGGAACUGAAAUGGACUAUGUAGAAGACAAGCUGUCCAGUGAAUUUGUCUUCAAUAAUCCAAACAUCAAAGGAACAUGUGGCUGUGGAGAAAGCUUUAACAUCUGAAAUCUCAGGACUACUUCUUUGACUUUGAAUACCCCAAAACACUUACUAUGAUGGGUUUCAGAAGCAAAUGCAUUUUCUUCACAUUUGUAGGCUGCAUAAAGUGUGGGUACCGUGAAGAAAAAUAAAGUUAAAUAAUUUUGAAAAUUUAAAUUGUGUGUUAAAUUCCACCACCGAUGUAGUUAUGCUGUAAUUUGUGAUGAGUUGGGAUCCAAAAGGUAAGAACAGUUAAGUGCUGUAGUAACAUCUCUGUACCUUCACAUGCCGAGGAAAUAAAAUCUCACUGUUCUUUUCCUUUGUCA